AUGAUUAAACAAGCCCUCCAGAGAACUCGGCCAGUAAUUCUGUGUCGAGCAUUCAGCAUCUCAUGUUCACUCAGACAUGAGGUUAAUAAAGCAACUUCGGCCUCCAAAGACGAAGUGACCCAUUUCAAUGCUCUUGCCUCCAGCUGGUGGGAUGUGGAUGGACCACAGAGGAUUCUUCACAAGAUGAAUUUACUUCGAAUGGACUACAUCAAUGAGGUCAUCAAAAACAACGUCAAAUUAAAUGCCGACACAACUAGUGCAGAUGAAGAGGUAUACAUUGCCCCAUACAAUUUAGACCUACUCCCUAAGUCGAUUAAAGAUCGAAUUUUGGAGGAGCAAGACGAGAAGAGGGCCGAGAUUUUUGCUGAAAAGCCGUUAAAGGUCUUAGACGUUGGUUGUGGUGGAGGAAUACUUUCAGAAUCCUUAGCGAGAUUAAAUUAUGUUGACUCAGUGAAGGGAAUCGACCUAUCAGCCGACGUCUUAGAAGCAGCGAAGGUUCAUAUGAAGAAAGAUCCAGACCUUACCGAUGUCUUACUGUAUGAGUACCAAGCAGUCGAAGAGUUACCUAAAGGGGAAAGAUUUGAUAUCAUCACCGUGUUUGAGAUGCUAGAACACGUAAGUUAUCCUGCGCAGAUCUUGUCUGAGGUUUUUGACCGCUUGGAAACAGGCGGAUUCGUCUUUUUGUCCACAAUUAACAGAGACUUUGUCAGUUGGUUCACCACUAUCUUUAUGGGGGAACAUGUUUUGGGUAUAGUGCCUGUUGGAACACACUCGGUGAAGAAGUACAUCAACGAAAGUGAGAUCCGUCAAUGGUUGCAUUCGAGUGAGUACAAGAAAAACUUCAAGAUUGUUGAUUCACGUGGUUGUGUUUACUUACCCGCAUGUGGAUGGAAGUUUACAAGCAACGCGGAGAUGGGCAACUACUUCAUGGCUAUUCAAAAAAUAGGAUGA